GAGCCAAUGAACUCGAAAAGCGAGUUGUCUCCCAGUUCUAGUGAGACUACUUCGCCUGUAAAGAUAAGCAUAAAACUGACUGACAUGCCAGACCCGAGGCCUGCUCAUUCUGAAACUUUGAGUGAAUCAUCUGGUUCAGAAAUAAUCCCUUCUGAUUCUUCAACAACUAUUCGAAGGGAUAGCGACGGUAGUGGGGACUGUGAAUGCACGAGUGAGCAAAUAUCUGCCAUCAGCAGUUUGGACGAUGCGACUGAUCUGUCCCGUGCGACCGAUUCCGAUUUAGGUUCUCCGGACGGCAGUCUUUCGCCUGGCUCGGAAAUCAACUUGGACGAAGAGUGGAUUCGGGACAUCGAGAAGAAGGACAACGUUGCUGAAAUCUUCCAAGAUAUCACGAAUAAAACGAAAGCAUUAAGUAGGACAGUUAAACAAGUGCCACCUCACAUCGAACUGAAUCUAGCUAGCGGAAUGCGCGAGAAUCAUAAGCCUCAACCUGUUUUGCAGGCUCUAGCUCCUGAUCGAUCGCCGACAUCCCGCAGCAGCUCGUUAUCCGUGCCUAAAGCAGCAGAUGAUAUCAGUGUGGAGAGUCCAACAUCUCAGUGUUCAGAGGAUACCUUCGGAGACGUGUCUUACCAUGAACUCACAGAAAGCUGCGACGAGGAAUCGUUAGCAGCCAUCGAAGAUAAGUACAUAGAUGACUUUGAACCUCCUGCUCAACGAUGUGAGUCUCCCCCCACUGAUGAUGAAUCCGACAUUGAGAGCCUCCACAGUUUUCAUUACAGUCCCAAAGCUGUAGAUUUACCAUCAGCUGUUCGAUUAGCCAAACGCCUUUAUGGUCUGGAAGGUUUCAAGAAAACGGACGUUUCAAGACAUUUGUCUAAAAACAAUGAAUUUAGUAAAGCAGUGGCAGAAGAGUAUCUAAAGUUCUUUGAUUUCAUUGGAGAUGGUUUAGAUGUUGCUCUUAGAAAAUUUUUGAAUCAAUUUUGUCUUGUGGGAGAAACACAAGAAAGAGAAAGAGUUCUUGUUCAUUUUUCUAAACGUUUUCUUGAUUGCAAUCCGAACUGUUUCAAAUCUCAAGAUGCUGUUCAUACACUAACUUGUGCCCUUAUGCUUUUAAAUUCUGAUUUACAUGGAGAGAAUUUAAGAAGAAAAAUGGUUUGUGGUGAAUUUAUUGAAAAUUUAGCAGAACUAAAUGAUGGAGAAAAUUUUCCUAGAGAUGUGUUGAAAGCUCUUUAUCAUUCAAUUAAAUCUCAUCCCUUAGAAUGGGCAACUGAUCAGGAGGAUGAAAAGAAGAAUCAUUCGAAAGAGAAAUCUUCAUCAAUGGACUAUCGACAGAAUUUUAUUGGCCAUAACCCAUUUUUAGAGGUGCCUAAUCCUAAUUGUGCUACAGAGUACAAGAAAGGAUAUGUUAUGCGAAAGUGCUGCAUGGAUCCUAGUGGGAAGAAAACUCCAUUGGGAAAAAGAAGUUGGAAAAUGUUGUAUGCCACCUUAAGGGAUUUAGUUUUAUAUCUUCAUAAGGAUGAACAUGGAUUUAGAAAAAAUCAAUUAUAUGAUAGCCUUCAUAACUCCAUCAGAAUACAUCAUGCUUAUGCAGAAAAAGCUAUUGAUUACACAAAGAAACAGUAUGUGUUUAGAUUACACACUGCAGAUCAUGCGGUGUAUUUAUUCCAAACCAGUGAUUCCAAAGAACUUGUGAGUUGGGUAGAUACAAUAAAUCUUGUUGCAGCUAGCUUAUCAUCUCCUCCAUUGCCCAGUGGUGUUGGAUGCCAACGAAAAUUCCAGAGGCCUUUACUUCCUGUUAGCCACACAAAACUCAACUUGAGAGAACAGUUACAAGAUCAUGAAACCAGAAUAGUUUGGCUUGAAAAAGAAUAUGAAGAGCUUCUUACAAAGACUCCAGAAAAAGCAACUAAAUCGAGAUUUGCUCAUGAAUAUGUGGAAAAGGAAGCACAUCUUCAAAAUGAACUUACAAGGUAUCGCACAUAUGCUUAUCUUUUGAGAACAAGAAUGGCUCAAUAUCCCGAGUUAGAAACACCAUUAGUUCAGACAAGCAUUGGGGAGCUUGAAGAACCCGUAGAAAAGAAAUCCAGUCCAGCUAAUUCUCCUGUAAAGAAAAACCAGGCUGCCACAUCAGCACCAGUAACAAGCCAUCUUGUUACAAGUUCUCCCGAAAAACAUCCUCUAAAAGAAAAGCUGUGAUUAAAUGUUAUAAUACAAAUAUUCCAAAGAUAUAGAGCAGUUUUAUAGAGAAAAGGCUUCAAACAUACUAUUUUGUCAUUUGACCGAAAGAUGAUUAUCAUCCAGUUAUGGUUUUGGAAUAGUGUGGUAUGUUUUCUAUAUGUAAAGAAAUUGAUGUACUGACUUUUGUGGUAAAUGUUUUGGACUUCAAUAAAACUUGGUGCUCAAAAAUGAUUGCUUAUAUCAUUGUACAGGUUUUAUCAUGCAUACUAUCAAACUCAUAGAUUUUAAGGUGCCAACAUACUGCUCGUUAAUUGCAGUUGAAAAUGAAUGUUCCGUAUUUUCUUUCCUAUGUAAAAACAUGACCUUAAAUUUCAUGCUAAUGUAUCGUGAAAUUGAAUUUGAAACACAUUUCCUAUGACAAUUCAUAGUGUUUUAAAAGUUCAGCAAUCAUGUUUGUUUUA